UUUAAUCAUUAAUGUUUAUUUGGUUGUAAAUAUUUUGAGUAAAAGAAGCGGUUUUGUACUGUAAGAAUUAUAAUGUAUUUUUAUAUUUUGUUUGGUGUUAUUCUCCAAUUGAAUAGUGUUUAUAACAAGGAUAGUGAUUGUGGUUGUAAUGUAAAACGUGAAAAUCCACAACAUAAAGGCAAAGACAGCGUAUUUGGUUCUAUCUUGGACAAAGACCGGUGUCAAUCACAAUUUAAUUGUCUUGAUAAUGUUGAGCAACAUGUAAACAAUCAAAUGAUUUUAAUACCCAGAGGGUAUUACCAAGUCGGUACUGAUGAUAUAGCCAUAGAAGCAGACAAAGAAGGUCCUAAGCAUUUAGUAGAACUUAACAGUUUUUAUUUAGAUAAAUACGAAGUAUCUAACAAGGAUUUUUAUGCUUUUACGAAAUCUACUGACUAUAAGACUGAAGCGGAAACUUUUGGAGAUAGUUUUGUUUUUACACUAUUUCUAAAUAAUACGGUUAAAGAAAAAUUAAAAGACUUUCGUGUGGCCCAAGCUCCUUGGUGGUAUAAAGUGUCUAGUGCCUCUUGGUACCAUCCAUUUGGACCAGAUUCCAAUAAUUCAGAUAUAAUGGAUCAUCCAGUUAUACAUGUCUCCUGGAAUGAUGCUAAAGCAUAUUGUUCAUGGAAAGGGUUGAGACUACCCACUGAAGAAGAAUGGGAAGCUGCUUGUCGUGGAGGUCACAGAGAUACUAAAUACCCUUGGGGAGAUAAACUAUUCCCUAAUAAAAAACACAUGGCAAAUAUAUGGCAGGGCACCUUUCCUCAUUACAACUCAGCCAAAGAUGGUUAUAUUGGUACAAACCCUGUGCAUUUAUUUUCACAAAACGAUUUUGGAUUACACAACAUGGCUGGAAAUGUUUGGGAGUGGACUGACAGUGUUUGGUCAAAAGAUGCUCCCCUGGAAAAGGUUAAAAGAGGUGGAUCAUACUUAUGCCAUCUAUCCUACUGCUACAGAUAUAGAUGUUCAGCACGUUCACACAACACUGAUGACAGUUCUGCUGGAAACUUAGGUUUUAGGUGCGCAAAAUCUGCAUGAGCCUAAAUGGCUAAAUAUAUAACUGUAAACAAAUAAGUAUAACCAAUAUAAUACUACAUUUUUAUGAUAAUCAAGUUAUCAAAUAUGUAUACUAUAAGGUUUCUUGAAAGAUUCCCAAAAUUUGAUAAUAAUUAUGUAAGAUAACAUGGACUUAUAAUCUCAUGAAUAAUAAUUGCGCUUAUCAUUCCUAUGAAUUUAUGUAGUACUUAAUAUUAAACUGUUACAUUUUUUGUAUCUAGUCUUCCUGUAUUUA